UCUUAUCCAGUAACUACUAUUUUAGUUGGAAACAUGGCGUCCCAGUGCAGCCUCUCUACCUUAUUUCCUAUCCAAAGCCAGCUGGAUUGCGCCCUAAAUGAAGCUGCGACACAACAAGAGAAAGAAAAUCUUGUCUGUCAGUAUUUGAAAAAACUAGACGAGAGAGGGGAUCUGAAGAUACCCGAUUUCCAGACAGGCUUGGAAUGGCUGAACACGGAGGGGCCUCUGUCUUUGAACAAGGAGCUGGCUGGUAAAGUGGUGCUGCUGGACUUCUUCACUUACUGCUGCAUCAACUGCAUGCACAUCCUGCCUGACCUGCACCAGCUGGAGAAGAAGCACUCUGUCAAAGAUGGAUUGGUUGUUGUUGGUGUACACUCGGCUAAAUUCCCCAAUGAAAAGGUCGUGGACAACGUUCGUAGCGCUGUGCUCCGUUACGACAUCUGCCACCCAGUGGUGAACGACAGCGAGGCAUGCCUCUGGAAUGAACUGGAGGUGUCCUGCUGGCCCACACUGGUCUUACUGGGCCCACGUGGCAACCUGCUCUUCUCCCUGGUGGGCGAAGGCCACCACGACAGGCUGAUGUUUUUUACAGACAGGGCCCUCCGGUACUACAGGGAGCAGGGUCUGCUGAAGACACACACAGUGGGGAUCAAGCUGUACCGAGAAUCCCUGCCACCCAGCGUCCUGUCUUUUCCUGGGAAGGUGGCUAUAGACAACAGCAAGAAAAGACUGGCCAUAGCAGACACUGGGCAUCACCGAAUUCUGGUGGUGUCCUCGGCUGGACAGCUGUUACAUGUCAUAGGAGGGCCUGAAAGUGGGAGACAAGAUGGCGACUUAUCCGAAGCUUCCUUUAACUCCCCUCAAGGUGUGGCCAUUAAAGGGGACACUGUAUACCUGGCCGACACAGAAAACCACCUGAUCCGAAAGAUUGACCUGUUAGAGGGAAGAGUCAGCACUCUAGCUGGAGUAGGUGCUCAAGGCACAGACAACGAGGGUGGGGCCAUGGGACCUCAGCAGCCAAUCAGUUCUCCUUGGGAUGUGACUCUUGGCACUGCCGGUGGUGUUGAAGAUAACGUGCUGUGGAUAGCCAUGGCAGGGACCCACCAGAUCUGGGCUUUGUUCCUAGCAGAUGGGAAACUGCCCAAAGGAAGUGGGUCCAAGGCAGGGACGUGCGUGCGAUGGGCAGGCAGCGGCAGUGAGGAGAACCGAAACAACGCCUACCCCCACAAGGCUGGCUUUGCUCAGCCUUCAGGCCUGGCUUUAGCACCCGAGGAGCCCUGGAGCUGUCUGUAUGUGGCCGAUAGUGAAAGCAGCACCAUCCGCACGCUGGCACUGAAGGACGGCGCCGUCAAGUUGCUGGUUGGGGGAGAGAGAGACCCAAUGAACCUUUUUGCUUUCGGGGAUGUAGACGAGAAAGGGGUUGGCGCCAAGCUGCAGCAUCCUCUCGGUGUUGCCUGGGCCCCUGAACAAAGCCUGCUCUAUGUGGCCGACUCCUACAACCACAAGAUCAAAGUGGUGGAUCCAAAGACAAAACAGUGUAGCACAUUAGCAGGGACUGGAGAGGCUGGAGAAACUCUGGGCCCUGAAUUUAACAAAUCCUGCUUCAAUGAACCUGGAGGAAUCUGUGUUGGCGACAGCGGCAAGCUUCUCUACGUGGCCGAUACCAACAACCACCAAGUCAAAGUGCUGGACCUGGCCUCCAAGACUGUCUCACUGUUCCCCAUCUCGAUGGACUGCACAGACUCAGUACCUUCAAAGCCCUCGGGUCCUGCCAAAGCUCCCAUGCUACCUAAAUCGGCUGCCAGGAAAGAAAUGCCACCAGUGGCAGUGUCUGCAGGCCAGACUCUCGUCAUGUCACUCACCCUGUCGCUUCCAGAAGGAACGAAACUCACUGAAGAGGCCCCCAGCUGCUGGGCUCUCUCAGCUGAGGGUAACGAGUGGCUGCUAGAAAGUCCGGUGGUUACUGGUGACAUCGUGGAUCUGUCAAAGCCCCUCUCCAUCUCAACCAAACUUCCAGCUGUUAUAACGGACUCAAACUGCAAUCCAAACCUCACUUUAGGUGUAUGGGUGUACUACUGUAUGGAAACAGGUAAAGCCUGUAUGAUGAAAGCAGCCUCCUUUACCCAGCCUCUUCAAAUAAGUGCCAAUCCUGGAGAGGAAGAGGUCACUGUGGCGUUGGCUCAUGCCUUCUAAAACCUCUUACCUGUCUUAGUCAUAAUAGCCACAGAAUCAACACUCUCUGUGGUGCUGAAAUGUCAGUGUUACUUUUCAGCUCAGCUAACUCCAGCUUGUGUUUUGUUCAUAGUUCUGGAAGAAGAAAACACGGAUUGUUUCUGACUGUCACUUUUGACAAAAAUGCAAUUCAUACAAAUCUGAUUUUCAGGGGAAUUACAUUUCAAGCUACUCAGAUGCCCCUUGAACAAAACAUAAUGUAUCAGUGCUGUAAUGUUCUUGACUGUGUGUGACAGUUAUUGAUAGGAAUGCAAAUAGUUACAUCCCCAGGCAUCUUGUAAAGGCUGUACAGCAAACACAACUGCAACAUAAAAAUCCACAUCUAUAUGAUUUAUGCAACAGAUUCCUAUAAGGACAGGCUGUAUUGACUAACUGUAAGAAAAUAGUUUUUUAUAGAUGAAAAAGUUCCACUCAAAGUUACCUUCUUAUUUAUAAAACAAUGUCACCGGACUAAAUGAAUGCAGAAAAUAAACGAUAUUCUGUGACUUUAAUGUGAAAUGUAGAAAUUCUGAUUAUCUAAUUGGCAGGUGGUGAUGAUGGUGUCAGUGAUGGAUAGACAAAUAAACAGAUUUUCUGUCAUUUAAUGAUGUUGUGGAGGAUUUAAAAUACUUUCAGAUAUUGAAAACAAAGUAAAAGCAGAAACCUCUGAUCAGCUUCACACCUGAACCACCAGAUGGAUGUGAAUUUCAAAGACAAGACUAUUUACAUUCAGUGUUGUGAACAAAAUAAUUUUUUCCCCCACAACUUCCAAGAAAUUAUUGAACAAUUUCUGCUUUUGAAAAAUUAGUGUAAACCUUCUGUUUGUGUUUGAAAUCAUUUCUCAUUAAAAUUAAUGGAUUAAUUUUUUGACUCCCAUGAGUAAUUACACAGUAGGAAUUUUAAAAAAGGGGGACGUUUAAUGGAGCUGAUAUAUGAUUCAGACUCGGAGAAAGGAGUUUUAUUCUGCCUUUGCUUGCAAAAGCAUUGCUUUUGAAUGCUAAUAUUGAGUUACGGCCAGUUUCUCAAAAAUAUGAUAUUGAAAUCCUUUCAUAGGGAUUGAUAAAAAAAAAGUCUCUCAAACCGUUUCUUUAAUUUAAGUCCGGGGAAAGAAGUGGAAAAGGACAGAAAUUAAACUUGUAUAUGCAGAGACUCACAAUUUUAUUAUCAUUCAUAUAUUAGAAAUGUCUAGCUCCAGAAUAUUUAAUUCACAUCUUUGUACUUUUUUGAAAUAGCGUGGAUGUUGCCUUCAGGCGCACUAAUCAAGCUUUCAUAAAUAUUUGUCUACAUAUGUGUCACCAUAGGCCAAGUAGUCUUAUGUUGUUUACAGUCUUGAAAAGGUUACCCUCAUAGCUUAAAGCUUUGCUCUGUGUCUCUGCUUCCUGUAUGACUGAUUAAACUUUUGAUUAUGAUUAUUCGUGACACAAGGAGCCCUUUUGAUUUAGACCAUGAAAUAUUGCUCUUAUCUAAGUAAUGAAUAAAGUGCCUGUUUUUGAUAAGGGGAAGCAACAUCCUGUGAACUGAUGACACCGACUGCUGCUUGUGCACUGUGAGGGACAUUAAGAAAACAAAGUCUUAUUAAAAUCUCUAUCAUUCGUUUACGCACUCCAUUGCUAGAUGAAGAGAUGCUCUAAUACUGUGUUACUGUAAUACCUUGUGUAAUAUAAUAUGAUAAUGUGGAAGUUAUUGUCAUUUUCCCUUAUUGGUUUUCAAAGUUAUGAGCUGUUGUCAGAAAUGGGCCUGAGAGUGUUUUGGUUCUCAUCGCUGUCAUCAUGUCUCACAACAUAAUUACGCUUGUCAGACUGUUUUUAUUUGGUUUGGAUCACUCGGCCCAAGUGCCUUUAAAACGGGUGUUACUGUAUGGAUGGCGUGAACCGAUGACACUUUAACUGUAUGAAAAGCAAUAACAUAUAUUUCUUUAAUGGGAGAAAUGUUUUAUUCCCACAAGUUAUUUAUUUCAAAUGACCUGCAAAGGUUUUGCCAGUGUGUUUUCUCAGCUCUGGUAUUUUUUAAUGAACAUUAAUGAGCUUGAGUGGUUGCUGGUGGGCAUUAAGUUCCCGAUAUUGUUUUCCAGCUCUCGCUUGAUUUCUUCUCACUGUAUUGCCUUUUCAGGCACAUUUUGGCAUGCUUUUUUCUUCAUAGGGACCUUGUUAAUACGUCUGCUUCUCAAUGCUGCACUUUAAUAUGCAACAGAGCAAGAGGGAACUAAUAAAACAUUUUUAUCUA